UUUAAAUUUUGGUUAAAUAUCAGAUUUCAGGUUCGGACGUGUUUCUCUGUUUCUCCUGGCAUGUUUCCUUACUUCAGCAUGUUUGGUUUUCUGGAGAUUGCCAACAGUGAGAAGAUUUCAUCCCCCCAGUCCUAAACCCGCUAGCCCAAGAAAGGCAUCUAUAAUUUCAGCACAAGACAUGGGAAUCACUCAGGAGGAGUGGGAUAGACUUCAGAAGGCUUGUGACUGGCCCAGUCCAGAUGGAGAAAUCACUCGGCUGGAUCAGGGCACAAGUCCAGUCCACACAACAUUCUCUGUUGAGGGACUCAAUGAGACGUACAAAGUGGGAGAUACGGUCCGCGUUACCAUCACAGCCAGAGACCACAACAACAACGUGAAAUCAUACGGAGGCGAUUUUUUCAGAGCGAAGCUUUUGAAUUUGACCUUUAAGGCAGGUGUUUAUGGAGAAGUUGUCGAUCACCGUAAUGGAACGUACACUGUUGAUUUUCUGCUGCCCUGGGAAGGCCAAGCACAAGCGGAUGUGUUUCUGAUCAUCUCCAGUGAAGGUGUGCACGUUCUUAAGAAAUACUUUGAGUCAAAGCCGCACAUCCGCUAUCACGGUUACUUUGAAGGGCCAGGACCCGACGGAGUGAAGAUAGUUGAGAAAGUGGAAUGUAAUGUUAAAUGGGGCUCAGCUCAAGGACUCUGGAGUAAAGCAAACUGCUGCUGCGAGUAUAAGGAUGUGAAGACGGGUUCAGUGUGGCAGUGUGAGAGACCGCACAAUCUUUCCUGUGAAUACUGGGUGUAUCACGAACAUGGUGAACAUCAAUUUCCAGCCACUCCUUUUGAGAGGCAACUUUUCUCAAGCAAAUUAACAAAUGUUGGUAUUUCUGGAGAGAAGCACAUUAUAAAUGUUCUCCCCAACGCUGCAGGCAUUGGUGAACCUGAGAGAUGCAGGCGGGGUCUGAGCACACCAGUUCCUGCAGGAUUCUAUUUUCAAGAUGUCUGGAAGUCUUUUGUGUGUAACACUAGACGCUUUAAUUCUCAGCAAAUGACAUCUUGUCUUUCAAACAAGAUCGUUUACUUCUUGGGAGACUCUACCACGAGACAGUACUUUGAGUUUUUGGAAAAAAAUGUGCCGGAUCUAAAAAGAAUGGAUCUUCACACUAAUUCCUGGACUGGACCGCUUAUGGCUGUUGAGUUAAAAAACAACAUCAUUAUGUACUGGAGGACACACGGUUUUCCUUUGCGAUUUCCAAAAAUGCCGGCCACCAACCUGCAUUACAUGAGCAAUGAAAUGGAUCAUAUAGCUGGUGGACGUGAAACAGUUGUUGUCUUCACAUUAUUUGCCCACAUGACUUUUCAUCCCCUAACGUUGUAUAUACAUAGAGUGGCUAAAAUUCGUGAAGCAGUUCUUCGACUACUGAAGCGUUCACCUGAGACUGUCGUCAUCAUAAAGUCUGGAAACACGGGCUUAACUAUGAUGGAUUAUGGAAAUGAAUGGUACGGCAUGCAGUUUAACACAGUGAUGAGGGAGAUGUUCAGUGACAUUGAUCACGUGAUCUACAUGGAUGUCUGGCAGAUGACGUCAUGUCACUACACACCUGUGGAUCUUCAUCCCGGCAAUGUUGUCAUCAGCAAUGAGAUCGACAUGAUUCUCACUUUUGUCUGCCCUUCCUGACACAUGCAAAGUAGAUAUUUGAUAUCUUUACAAUUUUGUUUAUCACACCAAUUACUAGUAUGUCAAUUUU